AUGCAGGUCCUCAUCGCGGUGCUGAGCUUCAUCGACAUCGUGGCGCUCACGUUCCUCAACGGCUACUGGUUGAUCACCCUCGAUGAACUGGAGCUGGACCAUCUAAACCCGGCCGACGUGGCCAAGCGACUUAACAAGCUCGUUUACCCAGAGAUGAUCCUGCAUGGCAUCCUUAUGUUCCUGUGCGUGCUGGCGUGGGCUCCGUGGGUAUUCCUGCUCAACGUUCCAGUUGCUGUGUGGCACGCCCGACGUGUUCUGCGGAAUGAACACAUGAUGGACCCGACGGAAAUCCUGCGCUUCAAGAAUCUGCAGCAGGCUCGCUUGGAAUCCAUUGCCAGGACGGUCUUCUACGGUCUACAGAUCGUCUAUGGGAUGUUCUGGAUGGUGUCGGCUAUUGUGAACUCAGCGAAGAGUCGGAAGGGUGGCAAGCGCGCAUAG